AUGUCGCGUUACGAGUCGUCGAAGAAGCUGCUGUCGCCAGUGUGGGGCCACCUCUCGGAGUCCAUCGUCGAGCGUGCCUCCGGCUCCUUCAUCUACACGACCUGCGGCAAGAAGCUGCUGGACUUCUCGACCGGCAUCGGAGUGGUGAACACCGGCCACUGCCACCCGCGCGUCGUCGCCGCUGCCCAGGAGCAAGUGGGCAAGCUCAUCCACGGCCAGCUCAACAUUGUGUACCACAAGCCCGUGCUCGAGCUGGUGGAGGAGCUCAAGCCCGUCGUGCCCGAGGGACUCGACACCUUCUUCUUCUCCAACAGCGGUGCCGAGGCCGUCGAGGCCUCCAUCAAGCUGGCCCGUCAUGCCACCAAGAAGCAGAACAUCAUCACCUUUGUCAACAGCUUCCACGGCCGCACGGUGGGCACCAUGUCCCUCGGCAACUCCAAGAUCGUCUACAAGAACCAGUAUGGUCCGUUGAUGCCCGGCGUGCAUGUGGCUCCCUAUGCCUACUGCCACCGAUGCCCGUGCAAGCAGCAGCGCAAGAGCGCCGAGGACUGCUGCAACCAGCCCCUCCUCGCCGUCGAGAUGCUCCUGCGCCAGCAGACCGGUCCCGCCGACACCGCGGCCAUCCUCCUGGAACCCGUGCAAGGUGAGGGAGGCUACGUGCAGCCGCCCAAGUCGUUCAUGCAGGGCCUCAGGAAGAUCUGCGACAAGCACGGCAUCCUCCUCAUCUACGACGAAGUCCAGACCGGAUUCGGCAGGACCGGCAAGUACUUCGCCGCGGAGCUCUCCGGCGUCAAGCCCGACAUCCUCGUCUUCGCCAAGGCCAUCGCCUCUGGUUUCCCUCUGUCCGGUCUGGUCGCCAGCAAGGAGACCCACAAGCACUGGCAACAGGGCUCGCACGGCGGUACGUACGGAGCCAACGCGGUGGCCUGCGCCGCCGCCGUCGCCACCCAGAGAGUCAUCAAGGAGGAGAAGCUCGUCGAGAACGCCGCCGCCCGCGGGGAGCAGCUGACGAAGCUGCUGCUGCAGCUGAAGGACAAGUACCCGCAGAUCUCGGACGUGCGAGGCCCCGGCCUCAUGAUCGGCGUCGAGUUCUACGACGAGAGGGACAACGCCUACCCCUUCCCCGGCCACGACUCCAAGCACACCGUCAAGUACGGCUUCACCGGUGCGCUCACCAAGAAGUGCCUCGACCACGGCAUGCUCAUCCUUAACACCGGAGCCCACGAGACCCUCAGGUUCAUUCCGCCGCUCACCGUCAGCGCGGAGGAGAUCGAGCUGGGCGUCGAGCUCUUCGAGAAGGGGCUCAAGGACACCCUCAAGGAGCUCGCCAACUGA